AGGUGAAAUAAGCUAAUUGUUUACGAUUUUAUCGGCCAUAAUCCACUCUUGGAUAUGGUUAUUUGCACAUUAUUGUACUUUAGAUCGUGUCUAGAGCCUGUUAUACACGAUUUUACGCAUUUUUAGUGCCACAGUUUUGCAACUCCUAUUUUAGCCGUUAGCAUCUAGUGUUUUGGGGAAUUUUGUAAAUUACAGUAGCAUAUAUUUGAUAUUUUGUCUGUUAAUGUCUAAUGUGUAUUGUUUCUUCCCAUUAAUUUUUAUCUACUAUUUUGUUACCCACCACUAACAUAAUUUGUCUAUCGUUUGUAUUUUCUUCAUUAAACCCUCAAGGAUACAAACAUGUGAAAUAUUUUGAUACAUAAUUAUAUUUUGCAGUAACACACUUUCCACUUCAGUUAACUAUGUCAGCAAUCAUUGCCAAGGAAGCAGUCGGAGAAUCUGCCAUUAUUAGUCGUAUUAGGAGUAUUUGUGAGGAUAAUGCUAGUGAUGAAGUGUUAGAGUCACUCAGGUUACAAUCUAUAAAAUUUUCACAGGAUUAUGAAAGUGGAAGUUUCAAACGUCUGUCUGCUUCAAACCAUGGCUCGGGAGAUGGAGCUAAUAAAAAGAAAUCAUUUUUCUCUCCAAGGAAACGCUUUCAUGAUCAUGUAAGCUCCAUAAAUCGUUCUAACUCCAUAGAAUGCCUCAAUUUGGAAAUGAGGCAGCUAGUUCAUGAGUCAAAUUCAUCAUACGACGGCAAUUAUUCAGAACACACUUCACGCAUAGUUAUUGGUGAUUCUGACGAUGGAGUGUAUAAUUCAGCUAAUAGAGAUUGUAAUAGCUCUAUAAAUCCUAUGCAUAGAUUUUUGAACUUUUGUUACAGACAGCUGAGCUCUAUAAGGACACAAGACAGCGUAGAUGAAAUCGCAAAAGAGGAAAGUGAAUCAGAUGAUAUUGCAACAUCGAGGUCAUUUAGUUCAGAGACCCAGAGUUUUCAACCGCAUUUCCAGAAACAUACAUCAGACGAUGCAGGAUACACCGAAUCAGAUUGUGAAGAAUACUGUAUUCCUAUAUCUAAUCGUAAAAACUCUGCAAAUGACUCUGUUAAGCAUUGUAUACCACAUAGACAUUUAUUAUCUGAUAACUUCAGGGUCACUACGGAAGAGUCAUUGUCUACUAGCGAUGGAAUUUAUGCAGAUAAAUAUGAUUAUUCUUUUGUUUCAAAGGAGUCAUCAUGUACUUUUCAUCUUCAGUUUGAUAAAACACUUUCCAAGAUAUCUGAAUCUAUCGCCUCUCUUAUUCCAGAAAAGCUCCUUAUCAAUAAAUUUCCAUUCUUAAUCGGUUUUGACAAAUCAUGUGAUUUGGUAAUAAGUAAAUGUAAAUAUAUUUAUCGCAAACAUUGUAAACUGACCUUUGAAAAUACAUUUAGUGAGAAUUCUGAAAAGGAUAAUAUUUUCAGAUACAGAGUAGGGAUUGUUAAAUGUGAUAAAAAUGCAGUUGUUUAUAUAAAUAAUGUAUUAUUGCAUGAUACAGCAAUAUUAAAAAAUGAAGAUAUCUUGCUAUUGGGAUCUAAAAGCACUUAUAUAGGUUUUAGAGUUGUAUUUAAUUCAUAUAACGAUUGUUUAUCUCUCAAGGCCCUGCCAUUUUCAUUUUCUUCCGGUAUAGAAAAUGAUAUAUUAAGUAUCUCAACCACUUUAACUCCUAAUACAUUUGACAACCAACAUAAGAGGGAUGUUAUAGUUUUAGUUUUUGAAGUACUAUGCAACGAUAUGUCAUUUCUAGGAAUGACUAGUCGCAAAUCAUCACUUUCUGACAAUUCAGAUGUAUCAAUGGCGGAUCCUGAUCUUAACGAUGGAGAUAAAACGCUAUCUACUGAGUUUGAGAAAAUUGAUGAACAUGAUCCUAAUAUUCUCACAAAUGGAACCGGACUUUAUAGGUUACAGUCUCCCACUCGUUUAACACGCGAUGUACCAUUUAAAAAUCCACAUGCACCUUGGGAUUCAUCACCAUCAGCUUCUCCUUCAUCAUUUGAACGAAUGGCAGCGUUGAAGCAGGAUAACAUAUCGCCUGGGAGCGAUAUGUUGCUUAACGCAUAUGCUGAUGUGAAAACUAGUUCUUCAACUUCUACGAAUGUAAACCCUGAAAAAACAGACGAACAGGGUUGUACUUACGAAUCUGACACAGUAAAACAUAGCAAGGAUAAGAUUUUGUUGUUCAAAUCAUUGAAUUCAACAGAUGUUCCAAUUAUAGUUGAUAGCGAAACUGGUACUACUGGAAAUAUAACUCCAAAAGAGGGAGAAGUCCAUACUAUAAACUGCAUAGGAGUGAUAAACGCGUCCAAUAAUAUGUUGAUUCACGAAAUGUUGCCAGACAUCGAGAAGUUACUUAGAGUCUAUCACUGUACUGAAGAAUAUGAAGAGGAAUACGGAAUGAAUCUGUACGAUAUAAUUAUAAAACAUUACAGUGAUCCAAUCAAUAGCGAUUCGCUUAGCAAGAGCUGGGUUUUCCAGUUAGAUUACGUCGAUUGGGAUAAUCCACACCUAAGAAGAGCCGUAACUAAGAAUGGUCUUCUUUCUGAUGAAAUUAAGAACAAUGUAAAUAGGAGAUCUGGGAUCGCUUUCGAGGCAAACAAGUACCGAGUAAUAUAUAUCAGACGAAAAAAAUGUUGA